UUUUAUGGAGUCCAUUGAUGAAGAGGGCAACUUGUUGGUCAAGAACCUUGAUACCGGUGAAAGAACAUCCAUCAAGGAUAUCGAGAAAGCUUUUGACCCUCUAUACUCUCAACUGUCGAAAAAUUGGGAUAGACAAUUAACCGGAAGUGAAACUUCUGAAAGCGAAGAAGAGGAAGAAAGGAGACUUCCAACAAAGGAGCAAUCUGAAGACUAUCGGAAUUUGAAUAGAGUUGCUGGCUAUGUGAAGGUGUUCACUCGUGGAAGACCAAAUAGAGAAUUGACCAACUUAUUUUUGAUACAAAGCAUACAAGCUCACAAUGGACCUAUUUGGUGCGUUAAGUUAAGUAAAACCGGAAGUUACUUGGCUUCUGCUGGUGAGGAUAACGUCAUUCGUGUCUGGAAACUAUCUUCCGAGAAUUCAGAUUUCGAGUUGAACUCGAAAGAGGAUAUUGAAAUGACACAAAGGAUAGAGAAGAAUGACGAUAUUGUUCCGAAGGCUCGUGAUAUAACUAUAAAUUCCUUGUAUAGGAAGGAAUACAUAAAGCCUCGUCCCUUUAGGGAAUACAAAGGACAUCAUCGAGAUAUUCUUAGCUUGGAUUGGUCGCAAAACGAUUUCUUACUCUCCGCAUCAAUAGACAAAACAGUGAAGCUAUGGCAUAUAUCAGUAGAUACUUGUCUUAGAAGCUUUCAACAUGCAGACUUUGUAACAUGUGCCUGUUUUCAUCCGCAAGAUGAGCGUGUGUUUUUAAGUGGUUCACUCGAUGACAAACUUCGAUUAUGGAAUGCAAUAGAUAAGACUGUGUUAUCGUGGACGGAAACUCCAGACGUGAUAACUGCAUGCGCUAUUUCAGAGGAUGGAAAACAGGCUCUUGUUGGUUCGUACAGAGGACAAUGUAAAGUUUAUUAUUUGAAGAAUGAGAAGGGUGACUGGUGUAUUCAAUACAUUACUCAGUUUGAUGUUCGCUCUAGGAGAGGAAAGAAUAGUAGAGGCAGUAAAAUCUCCGGAAUUUGUUUUUCUCCUAAUGGCGAAGAGUUCUUAAUUUCUUCCAAUGACUCACGAAUGCGUUGUUACCGACUCGAUGACUUUUCACGAAGUUGCAAAUAUAUUGGGCAUCACAAUCAAUCCAGUCAGAUAUAUGGAACCUUUCAUAAGAACGGUUCUUUUGUUAUUAGUGGCUCAGAGGAUAAGGCAGUGUACAUAUGGAGAUCUUUGGAACAGGGUUCGACCACUAAUGGUGGACGCAGCAAGUCGGAACGUUUAGACUGUGAAUACUUUAUGCAAGACUCGAACGUAACUUGUGCUAUAUUUGGUCCUACUAGAAAUAGGACACAUGACUCAACAAAGGAAAGUGUGAUUUUCCAAUUUCAUUCGGCGUCGUCCUAUUUGGGCUCGAUGGGAAAACGAACAAGGAAAGUGGGUAUUGUCGGUAAAUAUGGAACACGUUAUGGCUCCUCCAUAAGAAAGCAGAUUAAGAAGAUCGAAAUUGCUCAACAUGCAAAGUAUACCUGUGCUUUCUGUGGAAAGGACUCCAUAAAACGAAAGGCGGUCGGUAUUUGGUGUUGCAGAUCCUGUAAAAGAUCAAUAGCCGGAGGCGCUUGGUCGCUGAGCACACAGGCAGCUGCAACAGUGCGAAGUACUAUUCGUCGUCUCAGAGAAAUGACGGAGUCGUAAAGCGGGAGCAAAGACCGUUGUCAAGUGAGGCUAGACAAUGAAGGAAUGUCGUUCAAUCUAAACGGACUUUGCUUUCUUUAUCAAUAAGAAUAAAUCCAAAAAAGACUUUGGACUUUAUCACGUCAAGCUAUUUUCAGUUAAGUGGACACUAGCGAUUCCUUCCCAUAGUUACGUGAGGAGUUCUCUCCAUGGGCUCCUCCCCUUGUGACGAGGUUGCUUUCUCCGGGUUAUUACCUUCUUUGACACUUAAGUUGGCCAGAGAAUUGUCAACCUCCACAACACCUGAGUGAGCUGGUUUUCCAACAACUCCUUGAGCAUAUUGUUGACCGAGUGCGUCAGAAGCUUGUCUUAUUUGUUCGUGAUACAUAUCGUGCAUUUCAGACAAGCGCUCUCUUGGAAGACUACUAUAUUGACGAGAGUCCACCUUUCCCAUGGACUGUUUCCACUGAGAACGCAUCAAAUCUGCUUGUGAAGGCAUCUCAUAGUUGCUACGCUCUUGCAAUUGUGCCAACUCUGGAUGGUACAAAAGAAUUUCUUUCCAGAAAAGAACUCUCAUAU